AUGGAGGCUAUCGGCCGCGCUGUCCAGACCAACUCUGCUUUCCGUGCCAUCGUGCGCCCGCUCGCCAACACCUGGGUGAACCUGUCCGGCUACCGCCGCCUGGGUCUCCGGUACGACGACCUUAUUGCCGAGGAGAGCCCGAUUGCUCAGGAGGCUAUCAGCCGCCUGUCGCGCCAGGAGAUCGAUGGCCGCAACAUCCGCCACAGACACGCGUUCCAGCUGAGCCUGGCGCACCAGGAGUACCCGCGUGCCAAGUGGACCAAGGCCGAGGACGACUAUGCGUACCUGCGCCCGCUCAUUGAGGAGGUCCGCCUCGAGUUUGCUGAGCGCGAUGCGUUCAACUCGAUGACCACGGUCAAGAAGUAA